UUAUGAAAAAGGCUUAUGGGGGGUUUCAGUGAUGGAAGAAGAGGGGUUUUGGUUUCUCUCAUCUCAGCCCAGAGCGGAUAGGAGAGUAUGGGGACAGAAGGAGACCUAUGGGAUGAUUCUGCUCUUAUCAACGCAUUCGAAGAUGCUAUGUCCAAGUACAAGAAAAUGCAUGGUAAGAAAAUCAAGGAAAAUUUGAUUGAUGAAGGAAACGGUGGCUCUGCUUUUGCAGCUGAAAUUCAUGGGGCUGUAAGUGAUGCAGAUGAAAAUGGCAAUGUCACCUCAAAUGCUGCAGAAGAAUUGGGAGAGACUAAAAAUCUCACACCUGUUCGGGAAAAUCAUUGUUUGUCUUCAGUUGAGCCUGAACCCUGUAUAGAUUCGUCAAGUGGUCAACACAAGCAAGCAGUCAAUGAGUAUUCGUAUUCACAAAAUUGGGAAGGCUAUCAACUACUCUGUCAGCAAUACUAUGAUCUUGAGGAAAAGAGGCAAGGGAUUCUGCGUCAGCUUCAGCAACUUGGCGGUUAUGGUUACCAAUGUCCUGCUGAAUGUUAUGAUUCUAGCCAACAGUGGGGUACCUGCUGUACUUAUGAUGAUCUUUCAUUCCCUACAACCCAACCUUCUUUCUCAACUGUUGCCUGUUCAUGUUGCCCAUAUGCUUGUCAUGGCUCAGCAGCACCUUGCAUGUCAUUUCCUACUUGUUCUUUCUGUGGAACAUGUGCUGAGAAAAUGUUUGCUAAUUCUUCUGGGGCGACAGUUCCUGCAAAGCAUUCCCCUCACGAAGAUGGUGACAUUGUUAAAACAGCAAUGGAAGCUGCAGAAAGAGCAAUAUCUUCUAUGAAGACAUUGUCAUCCAUUAAUUCUGGAACAGAAGAGAAAGGGAAAGGAAAAGAUGGUGAGGAAAUUUCUCAAAGCACAUGCUCUGGAACAGACCUGAGUGUUGUUUUAAAUGCUUGGUACUCUGCAGGCUUCUACACGGGCAAGUACCUUACAGAGCAAUCGAUUAUGAAGAAACAGCACUGAUAGGCUAAUUACUGCACUGUGGAGAAGCGGUACAAUGAAUUUUACCUGCAGAACCCAAAUUUUGGCAAUUCUUAAUGUAUCAGCUUUGUAGAAAAGCUAGUGCUUUGUUAUACCAACUACUGUUCUUUUCUUUUUGGUUCUUAUAUGCUUUGAUAUCAGUUGCUAGUUUUUUUUCCCAUGUUCUUAAUUUCAGUGUUUUGGAGCUUGCGUUACCAAACCUCAUUGGAUUAGCCUGAAUUUUAAUUAUACACAAGGUACCUCAACUUAGGGGUAUGUAGCAAUAAA